AUGAUUUAUUUCUUGUUCCUUUUAUGCUCUGCAUAUGGAACUCAAGAAGUGACUGACAGCGUAUGGGAAAAAGACCAAGAAAGUCUCGUUUUAUUUUAUGCAAGCUGAUGGUAAGAAAGAUCCAGUGGCUAUUCACAGCAAAUUUUGCCUGAAUAUGAGAGAGCGACCCAAGAUUUUCAAGACAUUCCAGCUUAUAGAAUUGAAGGAAGCGACCAUUAUAGAAUCACAGAAGCCUUUGGUGUGAAAGGAUUCCCGCAAGUCAUAUAUUUCUAUAAAGGAUUUCCAGUAAAGUACUCAGGUGAGCGCAAUUGAAAAGGGAUAAGAGAAUGGAUCUCAAGAAGGAAAAAUCCACAAGUAGAGAUUGAAACUGAAGAUAAGACGCAACUUAGGUAUGUUUCUGAUCCUUAUAUUGAUAAAACUUUUGCUCUAAUUAUAGGUGAUAUGGAUGUCGCAAAAGAAGUUGGAAAAUUGGUAGAUGGGCUAGAAAUUAUAUACAGAAGUAACUCAAAGGAAACUUUGCUAUAUAAAGAUUUUGAUGAAAAAAGGAUUAAAUAUGAAGGUGAGUUCAAUUUUAAAAGUUUAGCAGAUUGGAUAGAAAAAGAAAAGAUUCCUGCACUUUUGCCACUUGAUAAGCCAAAUUUAGAUAUGCUUUUUAAUAAAGGUGGAAAAGCCCUUAUAGCUCUUACUGAUAAGAAAAAUCGCUGGGUUGAGAGUGAAGUCAAAGGAGUUGGCCAUCGUUUAAAAGGAAAAGCUUAUUUACUUGUUGCAGAUGUGUCUACUGAUUUGGGCAGCCAAUUGCAGAAGAUUCUUAAAGCUCCAAAGCAUUUGAUUCCUGUGAUUCGAUUGGUAGACGCAAGAGGAGGCACAUUAAACAUUACUCAAUACCAAAUGCAAGAUGAAAUCACUUCAGAUUCGAUUAUCAGAUUUUAUGAAAAAUGCCAAAAAGGCGCUGUUCUUCCUUAUAAACUUUCACAAAAUAUCCCUCAAAACCCAUUUGAAAACAAAGUGAUGACAGUUGUUGGAAAGAAUUACAAAGAGCUGAUUUUUGAUAGAAAUAAAAAUGUGUUCAUGCUGUUUUACGCUCCUUGGUGUACUUAUUCACAAGAAGCCUUGCCAAUUUUUGAUGAGCUUGCGUUUGAGCUGAGGGAUGUUCCCAAUUUAGUUUUUGCCAAAAUAAACGGCGAUCUAAAUGAUGUGUCUGAUGAAAAUGUCAGAGGUUUCCCUACUCUUAGAUUAUAUAAAGCAGAGUAAUCUAUAAAUAGAAAUAAAACAGCAAUUCCUUAUAUUGGUGAAAGGAAGAAAGCUGAACUCAAAGCAUUUUUAUCAUCUCACAUUUCAAUUCAAUCAUCAGUUAAGGUUGAUCUCUAA